AGUAGCAGGGAUCUGUGAGCUGCCCACAUGGGUGAGCCCAUCGGCUGUCCUCUUAAAGCAGUGGCACGCCUGGGCCUAACGGCAACUCUGCAGAGAGAGGAGCAGCGACGAGACCUAAAAUAGAGUCUCUCUCUCUCUCUCUCUGUGGUUACUAUACAUACACAACAUCACAUGGUGGGUGUUGUCACUUUCCUGCGGGAAUUCCUUUCUUUUAAGGAAGAGGAGGAGGGAGGCUGCUUUGAACUGUAGAAAGAAGCAGAGGGAACAGAGACAAAAAUUAAAAGGAAAAGAAAGGCGAGUGGCAGUCGCAAGGAUUCUUCUCCUGCCUCUCAAUUGCCUCGUUUCUCCCGCUCACGACUCUUCCCUCGGGAUUCCUGCUGCCUUCCCCUUGCUUCUGCUACUUAUAUACUCCAUUCCUUCGGCGACCUUGUUCCCGCUGUAUGCCUAAUCCGAAUACUUGGAACUACUCUUUCUUGGCCGCUGCAACCACAGGAAGUCUGUGUUCAUCUCCUCUCGGGACCCAUCUCUCUCUUCUCUCUGCUUCUACCUUAAAAUUCUCUCUGGAUAUCAUUUGUAUCUGGAGUUGCAGUUGGUACGUGAGGAAGUAAGAAGAUGCACUUCGAUGGAGAGAAGUCGAGCAUCGACUCAGGCGAGGAAUGGCUACAGGUAGAUGAUGGGUGAAAGGCUUCGGAUCACUGCAAAGAAUAGCAGUAACACCACCAGCACCACCACCACCACCACCAACACCAACAACAGUAGCAGUACGAGUAGUAACACCAACAAGGCCAACAUGGUUCGUGCCGAUUCCAUUACUUCCAAUGCUGCGAGGGUUGCUGACAAGCCAUCAGCGCAAGAUCAUCCGCAGGCGCCCCUGAGAUGCCCUCGCUGCGACUCCUCCAACACCAAGUUCUGCUACUACAACAACUACAGCCUGUCUCAGCCACGGCACUUCUGCAAGGCGUGCAAGCGGUACUGGACGCGAGGCGGCACGCUCCGGAACGUCCCCGUGGGCGGCGGGUGCCGCAAGAACAAGCGCGCCAAGAAGCCCGGGGCCGCUCCCACGGUUUCGCCGAACAGUAAGCACCCCCGCCCUCUUCUGCCUCCGGAUCCGGUCCCUUCCCUUGCGGCGCAGAUCUCUACCUCUUCCCACCUCGACGCCACCGCGAUUUACGCCCUGCAAACCGCGGCUUCGCCCUCGGACAUGAGCCUCAAUUUGCCAAUUAUCUCGAACGGCUUCCAUAUCCCGUCUUCCACGUCUGCCUUCGAUCUGCAGCCUCAUCUCGGGGCACUUGGCCUCGGCCUCUCGUCCAACAUGCAUCGCGAUGACGAGUACCAGUUCGGCGAGCUUCGUCCGUUGCUGCCGGUGAACCCGGCCAUGAUCUCGCUCUUGAACGACUAUCCACUCUUCGGGUCGUCUCUGUCGUCCGCGUCACUGCUAGUAUCAGGCAUCAAACAGCCGAAACAAGUGGAGGACUACCAAACCUUGUUGCCCUUCGAUGAAUGGCAGGCCUCCGGGAUGGGCGAUAGCAUCAAUGGGAUGAUGAAGGAAGUGAAAUUAGAAGGGCAGACCAACACCAUGACCAACAACAACAUGAGCAGCUGCAUAGACUGGCAGAUUCCACCGGAGAAUUCUUUGGAUAAUUUGGGUCCAGCUGCAGCAAUGUACUGGAAUGCUGCCAUCGGCGGCGGCGGCGGCGGCGGCGCUGGUUGGCCAGACGGCACGAACUAUGGAUCGUCAGUGGCGCCGCUGAUCUAGUAUUGUCUCUUUACCUUUCCUCAUCCUUCAUGGCUGCUGCUGCUGCUUCUUAAUUACUAGGUUUCCUAAUUGUUCAUUGGUAGUAAGAGUAGUGGGCUACAAACUACAUUACAUGUUCAUCGUGAUGGGGCUACGCGGGCGGAUUACCGGAGGGAGUGUGGAUCGGAGAGAUCCUGUCGGUUGCAAACGUCUCAAGCCCCUUGUGUUUUUUCAGUCAUUGCGGCAUCAAGAAGACCGUUUGCUCCGAGAGGAACCUCGGAUCCAUUCGGCUAAGAAUUAGACAUGUACUGUCCAUCUCCAAUUCGCACUUGGAUCACAUCAACCCUUGUGAAUCGCAGCCGAAGAGGAAGAAGAACGCAGCGGAGAUGGAGGAGUGAGUAGAUGGUUUCGCAUGUAUUCAUUUAUAAACUAGGCAUGUCACACCAUCAUCAUCAUCUUCUUCUUCUAAUGUACUGGUCAUCGAGUCUUCACCUUCUUCUUUCUUCAUCAUCAUCAGUUGGAUUGAUCUAAGCUGGUGCAGAGGCCGAUUAACAAAUAAGUUUUUUCUUUCUUUCUUUCUUCUUCUUCUUCUUCUUCUUCUUCUUCUGCUUUCUUUUUGAUGUGUUUUGAAGAAAGGAUUUGGUGCAAUAAUCUUCAGGAGUGGGGUUUUGUUUCACUUUGCGAUGAGUGAUGCCUAGUGUUUGCAUUUUGGUCUUCCCUCCAUUGUAACAGGUUCAACCAUGGAUCAUGUUUCUCUCUCUAA